GCGCACAUGGCUGCGCCCAGGGACGCCGCUUGAAGCGAGCAUGGAGGUUCCCGCGGCGUGCGUCAAAUCCAUCUCGCAGCGCUUGUGCCGGUCACGAGUAGGGUGCGUUUUGGCCUACGGUGGCAGAAGACGCCCCUGCGUACUCUACAGGCUCAGUAAUGCGAGGCACGCUCACGGAGCGUCCACAUUGGGCGAGCAUCACACCGAAGUUCUGCUCUCCAACGAUCAAACGCUCAAGCUGUCGGCGGGGCGACUGGCCAAGUUUGCCGAUGGCUCAGCAGUUGCGCAAAUCGGCGAUACUUCGGUUAUGGUCACUGUGGUCAGCAAACACAAACCAUCCUCGUCGGCAUCCUUCUUACCUCUGGUGGUCGAUUACCGGCAAAAGGCUGCAGCUGCUGGCCGGAUACCGACAAACUUUCUGCGGAGAGAACUAGGUCCCACGGAAAAAGAAAUUUUGACAAGCAGAGUUAUUGAUCGAUCGCUGAGGCCUCUAUUCCCUGCUGGCUAUUUCUACGAGACACAGCUCGUCUGCAACCUGCUUGCCGUCGACGGCAUCAACGACCCCGACAUUGUGAGCCUCAAUGCAGCGUCAGCAGCACUGUCCGUCUCCGAUGUACCUUGGAACGGGCCCAUUGGGGCUGUUCGUGUGGGUCUGAUCGAUGGUGACGUAGUGAUCAACCCAACACGGCGGCAGAUGACGCAGAGCGUGCUGAACCUCGUUGUGGCUGGUGCUGAGCAUAACCAGGUUGUCAUGCUCGAAGCAUCGGCGGACAACGUGCUCCUCCAGGACUUCCAGAAGGCCAUCCGCUGUGGCGUCAAGGAGACGCAGCUCAUCAUCCGCCAGAUCAAGGAGUUCCAGAGUGCCUGUGGCCGGCCCAAGCGCACCGUGGAGAAGCUGUUCGUCCCUUCAGCUGAGCUGAUUGACGCGGCCAGGCUGUUGGCUGGCAUUCGUGUCCGAGAUAUACUGUCGGAUGCCAACCACGACAAAAUUUCUCGAGACGAGGCCUUGACUGCGGUAAAGGACGACGUGAUUGAAAAGCUCCAAGAAAGCUUUCCAGGAACUGAGAGCUACCUGUUGAACGAAGCCUUCACGUCAGUAGUCAAAGAAGCCUUUAGGCAGCAAGUUCUUACAAAAGAACAAAGGUUUGACGGCCGAAGUCUAACAGCCUUGCGUGACAUAUCGUGUCAGAUCGACCUGUUCCAGCCACUUCAUGGGUCAGCCUUAUUCCAAAGAGGACAGACUCAGGUUCUCUGCACUGUCGCAUUUGAUUCCCUGCUCUCAGUCCUGCGAUCAGAUCCCGUCUCGGUGAUCACUGGUGGGAUGAAGGAGAAGAACUUCAUGCUCCAUUAUGAGUUUCCGUCGUACGCAACCAAUGAGAUCGGCCGGAGUGGACCCACAGGAAGGAGAGAGCUUGGCCAUGGAGCGCUCGCCGAAAACGCUCUUCGACCACUUGUGCCGAAAGAUUUUCCAUUCACCAUCAGACUGACCUCAGAGGUGCUUGAAUCAAAUGGGUCCUCAUCUAUGGCGAGCGUUUGCGGUGGGAGUCUUGCUCUGAUGGAUGCUGGAGUGCCUAUUUCGGCAGCUGCGGCAGGCGUUGCUGUUGGCCUCGUCACUGUGCCAGAUCCGGAGCGCUCUUACGAGCUUGCUGACUACCGGCUGCUCACCGACAUCUUGGGCAUUGAGGACUAUUUGGGAGACAUGGACUUCAAGAUGGCAGGUACCAAGAAAGGAAUCACAGCGCUCCAGGCUGACAUCAAGAUUCCGGGGCUUCCUCUGAAAGUUGUCAUGGAGGCCAUUCAGCAAGCCACUGAAGGGAAGUCUGAGGUCCUCAAGAUCAUGAACGAAGUGAUCAGCAAACCGAGGACUCUGAAAAAAGACAACUGGCCGGUCUCUGAGAGGUUGGAAGUUCCAGUGCAUCAGCGGGCACGCUUCGUUGGUCUUGGAGGCCACAACCUGAAGAAGCUGACUGCCGAAACAGGUGUUCAGCUGUCGGCAAUCGAUGACACUUGCUUCGAGAUGUUUGCGCCGAACCAGGAUGCCAUGAAUGAAGCAAAAGAAAUGGUUGAGCAGUUCCUCAAGGAAGAGCGUGAGCCAACUCUUGAGUUUGGAGCGGUGUACACAGCCAAGAUAGUCGAGAUCAGGGAAUCGGGCGUGAUGGUGACGCUGUACCCGACGAUGACGCCGACGCUUCUUCACAUCUCUCAGCUCGACCAGAGAAAGGUUAGCCAUCCAAGUGUCCUGGGUCUGGAAGAGGGCCAAGAGAUCACUGUCAAGUACUUUGGCCGCGAUCCCGUGAGCGGCAAGAUGCGGCUGUCACGCAAGGUGCUGCAGACUCCUCCAUCGAGCGUCAUAAGAAAUCUGUCCUGAGGUGGUGUGGUGGCCAGGAGCUAAUGUCCAUCGCCUGUGCUUCCUUCGUGGCCAGCCUCAUUCAUCUCUCUGUGCAGCAGCAGCGUACGCUGCCCUGCGCCGGUGUAAAUUGUAUCCACAGCAUCCUAAGCGAGAGCCUCUUGAUAUAUAGAUGUACAUAAAUCACUGUCAUAGCCAAAAAAGGAAAAGUGUAUAGGAAAUAAAAAUUUAUGCGCAUAAAUUUCUAUAGAGCUUGUAUUACUUUCAGAGGAUUGAAACAUUCUACAGUGUCUGGCAACUACCAAAAGUUCGAAAAUGACAGCUUGUAUUCUGGUUUAUUUAUUAUGUGUGUAGUAAUACUGGAAAUUUUUGCAUAAUUAAUCAAAUAGUGCCCUAUUUGAAUCAAUCUUCGAAUCGAGUUGUCAUUAUUCGUAAGUUCGAGUAAUUUUUUAAUAGUUUUUCAAUAUUACAAAGCCUCAACUGUGCGCAAGAAAAUAUAAAGCUCGAGCAAAAGUACAAUGAAUUUUAUUCCCGCGGGUAUAGUAUAGGCAUAAAACAUGAGAACUUAUGCAGUGGAGCAGGCUACAUCACCUACGGAGCCAGACGUUACUGGCUAUACAGCGAUCAUUGACACUCUUCGAGGAGUCCUGUGUAUGGGAACAAACCACUGAUUUGUUCCUUAUGCUUCAGCUGUGCUCAAACGCUUUAUGAUGUGCAAUGUAAUGACAGAAACUUGCUGAUUUUAUGAACAUUAGAAUUGGAACAUCAUUUUAUGUGAAAGCGGCUGUUCAUUAUUAGAAAACUAUGUGAAAAGUAUUCAAUGUUCAAUUCGAUUCUGGCACUAUUCGAUUUGUAGUCUGUUUGGUCUCAAAAAUUACCAUUUGCACACCCCUAUUAUAAUAUACAGUUGCCAACUGAUGUUCGGGACGUGAAGGCCCCGGAAAAAUACCCAAGUAGUAUUUGGGCAAAACGGCAGAAAAAAAUUAUUUGAAUGCUAAAA